CCUCCUCCUCCUCCUCCUCCUCCUCCUCCUCCUCCUCCUCUUAUUCAUUCCAUUUUCCAGAGCUUCUCCCUCAACCCACGACCUCUAAUAAUGCAGUAGAGAGAGAAACAAGAGAGAGAACAAGAGAAAAAUAUCAUCUUGGGCAAUCGAUCAACUCUGUUUUUUCUUCAUCAUCAUCUUCUUCUUCUUCUUCUGUGGGCUGGGUUGGAUUUUGAUAUUUUUUGUUUCCAUUUUGAGGAUCGCUUUGUAUUGGGGUUUCUUAUUGUUCUUCCAUUUUGAGGAUCGAUUUGAAUUGGGUUUUGUUUUCUGGACUUUUCUUUUGAUGGGUUCAGAGAAGGAAGGAGAAUCGAAAACCAAGAAAGAUCCAGGGGAAACAGGGGAAGUAACUGGGAACUUGUACAGAGUCGGUCUUGUUUCACAUCUGGAACGUCCUCUGCUUCUUCCUACAACUCUAUACCUUUCUGCUACUUUGAACCACUCUUUCAGUUCCUAACAAAUCACGCCUCCAAGCUUUUAGGGUUCACUUGAAUACAAGGGGAGCUGUUUUUUUAAAUCUCUUCCGUCAUGAAGAGACAUGGCAGCUCAGAUUCGUUGGGCGCUCUGAUGUCUGUGUGUCCUACUUCAGAUGAACAGAGUCCGAGGAACAGCCAUGUUUAUGGCAGGGAAUUUCAGUCGAUGUUGGACGGGUUGGACGAAGAAGGCUCCAUGGAAGAACAGUGUCAUGUGGGAGAGAAGAAAAGGAGACUCAGUGUUGAUCAAGUUAAGGCCUUGGAGAAAACAUUCGAGAUUGAAAACAAGCUAGAACCAGAUAGGAAAGUGAAGCUUGCUCUAGAACUUGGCCUGCAGCCAAGGCAAGUUGCUGUUUGGUUCCAAAACCGUAGAGCCCGAUGGAAAACUAAGCAACUCGAGAGAGAUUAUGGUCUUCUGAAAGCCAAUUACGAAACUCUCAAGCGUAGUUUCGACACCCUUCAGCAGGACAAUGAUGCUCUGCUCAAAGAGAUUAAAGAACUGAAAUUGAAGCUCGAGGAAGAGAAGACAGAGAGGCAUUUAUCAGUGAAGGAAGAGAUUUUCGUGCCGGAAUCGGACAAUUUACUUAUUGAGCAGACCAACAAUCAUCUUCCGGUGGAUCAUGUUCCUCUUCCUGUUUCUUCGGAUCAUUCCGACGACUUCAACUACGAGAGCUUCAGAAUAGCCAGCGCCGAGGACGGGGACGAACAAAGAGUUGAAGUAUCGUUGUUCCCUGAUUUCAAAGAUGGGUCAUCGGACAGCGACUCGAGCGCCAUAUUAAACGAAGACAACAGCCCAAACGCCGUCGUAUCAUCCACGGCCGCCGGGAUGCUCCAAAGCGAACAGCAAAUUCUAUCGUCUCCGACGUCGUCUUUGAACUGGUUCCCAUAUCAAAAGGCAGCAACUUAUAAUAAUGCGCAACAAUAUGUGAAAAUCGAAGAGUACAAUUUCUUCAGCGGAGAAGAGAGCUGUGAUUUGUUCUCCGAUGAACAAGCGCCGUCUAUGCAUUGGUACUGCCCCGAUGAGUGGAACUAAUAGCAAUUCCAAUCAUCAGAGUGAAAUCUAGCAUGGGAAUUGGCACGGUGGGAUUGGUCGGAGAGGGAACAGGUGGCGGCUCAGAGUGUUGAUUGNAAAAAAAAAAAAAAAAAAAAAAAAAGGAAGCUUUAAGAGAUUGAUUGAUGGUGGGAUGAUUAGAAAGAACAAAUGUUGUAAUGAACAAAUAAUGAUUCCCUUUUGCUUUUUUUCCCCUUUCAUUUCUAAACCAUUUUCAUUCCCUAUUUUCCUA